AUGUCUUACUCAUACGCUACAGCCAAGGCUGUCCUCAGCGACAUCGACAAGGACCGCAUCCUUGCUAUGCAUCUCAGCUCUGACACCAACGAUGUCGACUGGGACAAGGCCACUCAGGCUUACGGCGCCGCUAGCGUCGAAAGCAUGAGAGUCUCCUAUCGCAACCUCCUCAAGAAGAUCGAGAAGGCUGGCGGCAAGACUGGCGUGACUGCUCCCUUCACCGGUGCUGAUGGUUCUGCCCCUUCGACUCCCAAGACCCCAAAGACACCAAAGACCCCCAAAGGCAAAGGCGGCCGUCCCCCCAAGCGCAAGGCCGAAAACACCGGAUCUGAUGACGACGACGAUGGCGAUGCACCCAAGACUCUCCGCAAGAAGGCCGCCAAGAAUAUCGUCAAGGCACAGGACGAGGACGAGGACGAAGACACUCCUAAGUCUGUUCAGAAGAAGGUCACCAAGACCGUCGCUCGCGCCGAGGAUGAUGACGAAGAUGAUGAGGAGACUUCCAAGACUUCUAAAAAGACCAGUCGCUCUCGCAAGACCCCGGUCAAGUCUGUUCGGCCUGCUCAGGAGGACGAAGAGACUACUCAAAUGGUCAAGGAGGAAGACGAGUCGGAGUGUUAG